UUUCUUGUUGUGUGCGUGAAAACUGCUCUCAACUCGAACGAUAGUAGAGCCGAAGCAGAGCGAUAGGUUCUAUCCGAAAAUUAAACUCAAAAGGCUCGAACUGUAAAUUGCUGUGUGUAAAUAUUACGGCACUAUUUUGCUAUUUGCGAGUAUUUUUGUUAUUUGAAAUUAGGGAAAUUAGCAACGAUGAUUCCCACAAGCAUACUCCGGGUCAGCAAUAAUUGUCUCCUUCAAGUGAACAAUUGUGCCAAAAGGCAUUAUGGGAGAAUAAUGAAGAGAUUUCCUCUCUACCCAGAUGACACGCCAAUUGAAAAAAUUCCCGUGUUUCAUUACAGAGUAUGCUUUUUCCAAGCCGGACAAGGAUCGACGCCACUUGUUUUCUUGGGGAUUGUGUGAGCAUGGCGCAGUCGGCAUCUUGAGACAGUGCACCAAGAGGUCAAAGAAAGAUACAGCACCCAGAUACCUGCAAAGGCCAUGCAGAGUACGAUUCGGCGAUUUUAACAGGGUGAUUGAUGUUGCUUGUGGCUUUGGUUUCACAUUGUAUGCUGUCAGCACAAAAAGUAGCUUAAAGGUGUUUGGGACUGGAAUUAACACAGAUUCUCAGAUAGGGUAUCAGAGCCAGCGAAAGGACGCGCCAAUGGAACUGCUGCUUGCCCCUGUGCCAAUACGCCUUCCAAUAGAUCCGCAUGAAAACGUGGCAGCUUUGGCUGCUGGAAGAGCUCACUCGCUCAUCCUGGUGGAACGUGAGAAGGGAAAAGGAGGCCGUGUUCUGACCCUGGGCAACAACUCGUAUGGUCAGUGUGCACGGCCCAUUGAAGAGGGAGAAGAGUUCAACGGUAGCAAGAUGGUGCAUUGUGUUGAGGGGUUAGAGGCCGAGGCUAUAAAAAGUGUUGCCUGCGGUCAAGAUCACAGCCUCUUCAUAAACAACAGGGGCCAUCUGUUUUCCUGUGGUUGGGGAGACGACGGACAGACUGGAUUGGGUGUCCCUGGCAAAAAGGGUUCACCCUCCAGAGUUCGAGGAGCCCUGGAAAACGUCAACAUCGUGAAGGCAACAAGCUCUGGAGACUGUAAUCUAGCCAUCAGUGAUAAUGGGGCGCUGUAUGGAUGGGGAAAUAGCGAGUAUGGCCAACUCCUGCAGGAUCACGCUGCUCAAAUUUAUUCCCCUGUGAAAAUAAAUUUGCCUGGAGUUGGCCCAGUCGUGGACAUUGCGGUUGGUGGAUCAUUCUGCGCUGUUUUAAAUGAGAAAGGACAAAUUUGGACCUGGGGUUUUGGGCUGCUUGGUUUCGGUCCAAACGUGACUCAGGUCAGUCGGCCACAAAUGAUUCCCGAAGCUUUGCUUGGCAAAUCAAGUUUUGCGUGGAAGAAAUCCAAAGUGGUGUCGAUAGAGGCAGGGCUGUUCCACCUCGCUGCAGUGACAGCAGACGGCGACCUUUUUACCUGGGGCCGCAACAAAGACGGGUGUCUAGGACUUGGAAACUUAAGGGAUCAGCCAUUCCCACUCAGAGUUUCAAUAGGAGCAACAGUACUAAAGGUUUCGUGUGGGGUAGAUCACAUGGCAGCAGUUUGUUCUCCAUUUUACUAAUUAUAAGUCAAUUGUGUGUAGUAUAAUGAUAGGCACGCGAUUAAUUAAAAAUUAUCAAAAAAAAAUACCGUUUUUUAUUGAGUA